AUGAUUUGUAAAUUUAUACGAUUUAAGAUAAUCAAAUGCGUGAUAGUCGCGAGUCCCGGUUUUCUCAAAGAGCAAUUUUUAACGUAUCUAACCGAACGCACUGAAAAAGAUGUUAGCAAAAUGGUUACGGAAAAUAGAAGCAAAUUUAUGUUGGUUCAUGCUAGUAAUGGAUUCAAACAUGCACUGAAGGAAGUUCUUGCUGAUCCUACAAUCGCCAGCACACUUUCCGAAACUAAAGUACAAGGCGAGGUGAAAGUAUUGAACAGAUUUUUCGAAUUAUUGGCCAAUGAGCCAGCUCGUGCAUUCUACGGCCCGAAACAUGUAGCAAUGGCAAAUCAACAACUGGCUAUAGAAACACUUCUUCUAUCAGAUUCGUUAUUUCGGUCUAUUGACUUAGAAACAAGGAAAAGAAAUGUGGAGUUAGUGGAAUCUGUGAAGGAUCAGGGUUCAAAGGUUCAUAUAUUUUCGUCAAUGCACGUAUCUGGAGAACAGCUGAGUUCCCUUGGUGGUAUUGCAGCUAUAUUAAGAUUCCCUCUCCCAGAUUUAGAAGAUGUCUCUUUAACAGAUAGUGAAAAUGAUGAUGAGCCGACCUAA